AUGGCUGGCAGGAUGACACUCUCACGAUCGAUGCCGUCCGGCAGUUCGAGUAGGCGAUGGACACUUUUGCGCUGCACGCCGCCCAAGACAUGGCAGCCUCGCACGUUUUCCUCCUCACUGUAUCGCUUCCAGGACGUAUUCCAUGCGCAGCUGAAUGACCCUGCUUCCGCUGCAGUCUACUCGUCCCUCCAGACAUCCCGGGCUGUCCCCCAAACCCUCACCGAGAAAAUUGUCCAGAGGUACUCCGUUGGCCUACCGCAAGAUAAGUUUGUCAAGUCUGGCGACUAUGUUACUAUUUCCCCGCAUCGCUGCAUGACCCAUGACAACUCAUGGCCUGUUGCGUUGAAGUUCAUGUCUAUCGGCGCCUCCAAGCUCCACGACCCCCAGCAGGUUGUCAUGACCCUGGACCAUGAUGUGCAGAAUAAGAGCGAGAAGAACCUGCAGAAAUAUCGACAGAUCGAAGAGUUUGCCAAGCAGCAGGGUGUUGAAUUUUACCCUGCUGGACGCGGCAUUGGACAUCAGAUCAUGGUCGAAGAAGGGUUUGCCUGGCCUGGGACUCUCGUGGUCGCGUCGGACAGCCACAGCAACAUGUACGGUGGUGUUGGCUGCCUGGGCACUCCCAUUGUUAGGACAGAUGGAGCUAGUAUCUGGGCAACGGGCAAAACCUGGUGGCAGAUUCCUCCUGUUGCCAAGGUCACGUUGACCGGUGUGCUACCUCCUGGUGUCACUGGAAAGGAUGUCAUCGUUGCUCUGUGUGGUCUCUUUGACAAGGACGACGUUUUGAACCAUGCCAUUGAGUUUACCGGUUCGGAAGAGACUCUAGCAAGCCUGUCCGUGGAUGAUCGUUUGACCAUUGCCAACAUGACAACCGAGUGGGGAGCUCUUUCAGGGUUGUUCCCUAUCGAUAAAGUGCUGAAGGGAUGGCUAAGAGGGAAGGCCACGACGGCAGCAAUGGGACUGGCCGAUGGACCAUUCAAGACUUUGGCCCCGCAACGCUUCACGCAUCCUGCCUUGGAACAGCUCUUUGGCAACGCAUUGACCGCUGAUAAGGGUGCCAAGUACGCCAAAGAACUCUUCCUGGAUCUGUCGACACUCUCCCCCUACGUCUCGGGACCUAACUCCGUCAAGGUGGCUACAGCCCUCCGGGAUCUGGAGGCCCAGGAUAUCAAGAUCAACAAGGCCUAUCUCGUUUCCUGUACCAACUCCAGAGCCUCUGAUAUUGCAGCUGCAGCAAGAGUCUUCAAGGAGGCUGCAGAGAAGAAUGGAGGAAAGGUGCCCAAGAUCGCGGAUGGUGUGAAGUUCUAUAUCGCAGCUGCUUCUAUCCCUGAACAGCUGACUGCGGAAGACAAUGGUGACUGGCAAACCUUGCUGGAAGCUGGUGCCACGCCUUUGCCAGCUGGUUGCGGACCUUGCAUCGGAUUAGGAACAGGCCUGCUUGAACCUGGCGAGGUUGGUAUCAGUGCUUCUAACCGGAACUUCAAGGGACGCAUGGGUAGCACUGAAGCAAAGGCAUAUCUUGGCAGCCCGGAAGUUGUCGCCGCAAGCGCAUUGAGCGGAAAGAUCAGCGGACCUGGGUGGUACCAAACCCCCGAGGGCUGGUCUGGUGUCGUCCGAGGCGAGGGCGAUGGGAUUCGCGAAGAAGAUAGAAUGCUCACUGCGGAGGAAGCUCUCGAGAAGGUUAUCGGUCAGCUUGAUAAUAUCAUUACCGAUGCAGAAACUCGUCUUUCCCCAGAACAGGAGUCCAAAGCUGAGGAGACGGCCGAGGAGGGUCUCACAGAGGUGUACCCUGGGUUCCCUGAGCGAGUGUCGGGCGAGAUUGUUUUCUGUGAUGCUGAUAAUAUCAAUACGGAUGGCAUCUACCCUGGCAAGUACACUUACCAGGACAAUGUCCCUGUUGAGACAAUGGCGCAGGUGUGCAUGUCGAACUACGACCCGGACUUUUCCUCGAUCGCGAAAGAGGGAGACAUUCUGGUUUCUGGGUUCAACUUCGGCUGCGGAAGCUCAAGAGAGCAAGCCGCAACAGCCAUUCUUGCCAAGAAUAUUCCCCUUGUUGUCGCUGGAAGCUUCGGAAACAUCUUCUCCAGAAACAGCAUCAAUAAUGCCUUGAUGGGUCUCGAGGUGCCCCGAUUGGUUGCCCGCCUACGAGAGACAUUCGGAACCGCCCUUCAAGGCAAGACCCUCACCCGUAGAACCGGCUGGACUCUGACAUGGGAUGUCAGGAGAAGCCGCAUUGAAGUCCAGGAGGGCAAGAAUGGUCCCAAGUGGACUCACAAGGUCGGUGAACUUCCACCAAAUGUGCAAGAGAUCAUCGCCCAGGGCGGAUUGGAAAAAUGGGUGAAGAAUGCCAUUGGGGCAUAA